AUGGGUCCACGCAAGGGAGGAGGCAAGAAGAAGGGCAGCCGUAAGCGCAAGGCCAAUGUAUGGGACGACGCUGAACCAAAAGCCAAAGGUGGCGCUGUAUCCAGCGGAAAUGAGGGCAAACCGCGCAAAACUGGGUCCAUGAUGGGCCAAUGGAAGUCGCAGAAGAUUGCGGAGCGAACGAAAACGCGUAAAUUCUUCUCCAAUGUGGGCGAAAAGAAGACAAUGCAACGUGAGCAAUACGAGAAAACUUGGGACCGCACAGCCAAUGCAAUUUACAAGAAAGAUAGCGAAGAAGUAGGGCAAGAAGCAGAAGUAGAAGAAGAUGAAUCGCAGAGUGAGGACAGUGACAGUGACGACGAGAACGUUCUUAACAAGAAGAACUCGAUAUUUGCUGAGUUCGUAAACACCUUCAGGACGUCUGAACCCGUUGAAGAAGAAGACGAUGAUGGAGAUGAAGAAGAAGAGUUUGAAGAAGUGUUGGUGGAUGAGAACGGUCAAGAGAUCGAAGAAGACGAUGAUGAAGAAAACGAGACGGCUGAAGAGAUCAUCGACGAUGUUAAAGAAGACGAGGAGCAGGUUGCAUCAAUGGAGAAAGAUGACGAGGAGCAGCUUGAUGAGAAAGAAGAAGACGAACACGAAGACCCUUACCGUCGUCGCUAUCUCCUAAGCUCCUUUACCGAACAAGAUGCGAAAAUAAUUAACGCCCAGACAAAAAAGUUCGCCAGAGUAUCAAUACCGACUUUGCAAGAUGACGCUUACGACGUCACCUACAGGGCUGGCGCCGAAGAGGUCCGUGGACUUGACGGUGUAGUGACGACGCCAGAGUGCGCGGCCAAGCAGAAGCCGUACGUGCGUUCGAGGCUGUUGGCAACGUGGAAGCAGCGUGGAUUGGACGCUGAAACGGUGUUCCCGAAGGGAUCAGUAGAGUAUACACUCUCGCAACAGAUGGCAGUGUAUACAGACGUAUACUUCGCUGGCCAGACCUACGAGAACACGGCCAAGUUACGUCAACUGAGUGCCAUGCACGUGCUGAACCAUGUGCUGAAGGCUCGUGACACUGUCACACGUAACAAUGAGCGUAUCAAAAAGCAGAGCGACGAGGAGAAAGAGUACCGUGACCAGGGACUCUGUCGUGCCAGUGUCUUGGUGUUGCUGCCUUUACGCAGCUCUGCGGUGGCGUUUGUGGACCAGCUACUGCAGCUCUUGCCCUCCAACGUGGAUACUUAUCACAAUAAGGACCGAUUCGUCAGUGAAUUCGGCAGUAUCCCGGACGAUGACGAGCCUUCCAACGACGACAAGAAGGAGUGGCAACGCGUGUUCGAACAGGGCAACAACGACGAUUGUUUCCAGUUAGGAAUAUCUUUAUCCCGCAAGGCUGUGCGCUUCUACAGCGAGUAUCACCACGCCGACAUCAUCCUCGCGUCUCCUCUUGGCCUGCGUCAACAACUCGGAGAUGAAGUGGCCGAGUUGGUCGACGCACAGACCAGCGACGACGUCAAGUUGUCCAGCGACUUUUUGUCGACCAUCGAGGUGUGUAUCGUGGACUCGGCCAGCCUCAUGGCCAUGCAGAACUUGGAGCAUCUGCGCACGGUGCUGCGUGCUACGAACCUGCAGCCCAAAGAGGCGCCUAACGCGGAUUUUUCUCGAGUUCGCGAGUGGAAUUUGGCCUUCUUGGCCUCGUACUUCCGACAAACUAUUGUCUUUGCUCACGGCGCCGAGCCUGCUCUCAACGCGCUGGUGAACAAGACUUGUCGCAACAUCUCUGGCGUCGUCAAGUAUACACGUCGAUACGACGCUGCGGAUGGCUCCGCGUCCAUCUCCCGCGUGGUGCCGCAGGUAAAGCAGAUCUUCCAGCGUGUGGAUCUCGAGCACUCUGGACGCCUCACAGCGGCGCACGAAGUGGAAAUCCGCUUUGCGUACUUUAAAAAGCACGUGUUUGACCCGCUCCUGGACCAUCCACGGAAGCACGUGCUGAUCUUCAUCCCUUCCUACUUUGACUAUGUGCGAGUGCGCAACUUGUUUAACGACACGAUGAACAAGAAGCUGAUCCGCAGUGUGCAGUGCUGUGAGUACACGACCAGCAAACAGGUCUCGAGAGCGCGGACGUCUUUUUACCACGGCCACUGCCACGUCAUGCUCUACACGGAACGGUUCCACUUCUACCACCAGUACCAGAUUCGUGGCGUGCAUCAGCUCAUCUGGUAUGGACUGCCUGUGAUGGGCGACUUUUACGCGGAGAUGAUGAACAUGCUGCAAAGUAGCGACUCAGCGGGACAAAGCGACGAUGGACUUGCUGAUAGUACGGACGGCAAGUCUUCGAUCGCAUUAUUCACGCGGCUGGAUUUACUGAGAAUGCAGCGAAUUGUGGGCAAUAAGCGCGCAGAGCGCAUGUGCCAGGCGAAGGCGGCCAAGCCGACGUUUCUCUUCUGUUAG